AUGUCUUUGAUCCCAAGAUGCAAUAACGCCCCCCCUCUUCCAUUUGACGUGCUCCAAGAAAUAGCGCAGUACUGCGACAAGAGCACUCUCAAGGCAUACUGCUCUGCAAGCCAUCACUUGCGCGAGGCCGUCGCACCGUGCCUCUUCAAGGCGUCAAAAAUCGGAUUCGGAGUCAGCGUUGCCAGACGCGUCACCGAAAACGUGUCCGACACGCACAACUACCAAGCAUGGGCCAGCAAACUGACAGACCAAUUCGCACAGCUUUCAGCGAGCAGAUACGCACAGUACAUCCGGACGCUGUCCUACACCGGCGUCACGUCGUUUUCCCGGUAUUCAGAGGGUUGUAAUCUCGAUGAUGAGGGGAUACGGCGGUGGCAGGCGGCGCACCAUAAAGCCACAUGGCCGGUUUUGACGAGGACCCUCGGUCGAUUUGCACAGUUGAAAGAGCUGUCGCUGGGUUAUGUUGAGAUUGACGAUCGGUUUAUUAUUGUCAUGGGCACGUUGCAUAAUCUCCAAGAUCUCUCGCUCUGUAAACGGAUCGACACACUUCGAAAAAUCGCGUAG